UUAAAAUGAACCAUCCAUUCAUUUUCACUGGGCCGCAAGCCUUUGACAAUUCUCUGUCUUUUAUGUUUAUUAAUUUAUUAGUGUUUUUUAAUGCAUUUGGACAAGCUGCAUGGCAGGUUAUCUGAUGGCUGCCCUUGGUGAAGGAGAACCGAAGGGGAUGGCCGUCUCUCUUAGUACCUUAAGCUGAGUACCUUAAGCAACAGGACCAGGUUUUAUGUGGUCUGGUGUGCAUUUCUUUAUCUCAGCUCUGAGGUCGCGUCUGCCCCUUGGCAUGGAUCAGAACAGAGAGACGUUCUUGGCCUGUUUUGCCAUGUUGAGAAACGCAUGCCUCAGCCAAGCCAUAAGGCAAGAACCCAAAUAGUCCCUCUGAGAUACAGUGGCAUAAGGAUUUCAAAACUAUUUCCUUAGUCAAUCAACACUUGAACUGAUGCUUUGAGGCAAAGCUGGACUAUUAUUUUUUUUUUUAUAUAAAAACGUCAUGGGAUUCCUUUGACAAGGGAAGCCUGGUAGUUAUUUUACCCUUUUAGAGCAGAAAUCGUCUUGAAUUCAAUGUUUUUUGAUGAACCAGAGUGGAACAACGGGGAGGGGUAUUGGUAAGUGCUUGUGGUCAUUUGUCAAACAGAACUACUUGAAAAGACUGGAAAAAUCAGAAGAUAGAGGAUCACUGUUAGGCCUGACAAUAAUUUUUUUUUUCCUCUCUACUCUACAAACCUGUGUGUGAAUGUGUACUUUUCCUUCAGACCUUCGUCUGUCCUGCCAGCGCUAUGCUUCUCUUGAAACAGGGCCGUCACUAAGAUUUACAAGGCCUGGGACGGCGUUUUUACUGAUGGGCCCAUUGAGAAAGCGGUAUUAUAGAGGUCCUGGGACAAUGUUCUUGGUUGUUGCCUCUUUAGUUAGAUGUAUUAGAUCUGCUGUUCUGAAAGAUUUUCUGGAUGGAGAUCAGCAACAGGUAUAAUGGUGAUUGGAAACUAAUAAGGGCAGGGUCUCUCAGGGAACAAUUCGUGGAAACCCCUUCUCAAUAUCCUUUAGCGGAGCAGCAAAGUACCACUUUUUAGACACUCGAGUUAAGGUGGUUUAAGACGUAUACAUUGUUCAGGGCUUCAUUCUUUCAUUAGUUCUUCUUGUUCGGUUAUGUGCAAAGAGGUAUAACAUGCUUAUGUGAUCAACAUUUAGUAGGUGAUUGUUGUUUAAACUGUAUUUAGGAAUUAUAUCCAAUAAUUUAAUCUCUACCCAACUUCGAAAUACUAACAAAAUCACUUUUUAUAGAGUAAAACAACAACAGAGUAAUAAGGAGAUGUAUUUUCACAUUCUUCCUGCUUCAAGAAGGUAUUUAAUACAAAUCCAACCAUGAAGUCACUUUACUUAUCAUUUACUCACCCUCAUGUCUUUACAAACCUGUAUGAUUCUCUUUCAUAGAACACACAAAUGGAGAUGUUUAAAAGAAUGUUCACUCUGUUCUUUUCCGUGUAAUGAAAGUCAAUGGUGACCAUAUGGGCUUUCAAGCUUCAGCAAGGACUAAAAAACAAUAUAGAAGUAGUUCAUAAGAUUUGUGUGCUAUUUUGCAAGUCCAACUUCAUAGAUCUCCAAUUUAAUUUAUUAAAUUUUCUUGGUUUCAGUGUUGUGUUUUACCUUAAGGUUGGAAUACACUACUAAUAGACUUUUGCCCAGAUUUUUACCCUGAUUUACAGUUUCAAGGAGUCUCCGCUAGUUGCUGAGAGUCAGAGCCAGCCUGCAGAUUUUGUAGGUUCACAUGAAAUCACAUGUUGUAUGAUACAGAUUUAGAUUUUCUAGCAUCAGGCUACGAUUCCAUGCAUUUAGAAGGUACCAAACAUUUUGAGCUGAUUUUAGAACACAUUGUUUUUUUAUUUGUCAUAUCUCUCAUUGCAAUGAGGCACGUUUUCUUUAGUGAGCAAUCUUCAGUCAAUGUGUAUGAUGUUACAAAGUUUGCAAGUGUGUGAUGCCUGGUGAUUUCAAAUCUGAUUUUAAAAGUCGAGUAGUGCAUUCUAGUCAUAAGGAAGAAAGAAAGUCAUACAGGUUUGAACAACAUGAGAGCUACUUUAACUGAAGAAGAGACAUAAGAACGUGUUUUUACCAUUUUUAAAUGGUGUUAAAUUAAUCUUUGAAUAGAUAAAUCAAAAGAUAAUGUCCAAUGUAGUUUUAAGCCUAUUAAAACUACAUUGGACAUUAUCUUUUGGUUUAUCUAUUCAAAGAUUAAAUUCAAAGCCUAUUAAAACUAAAAGGGCUAAAAUCUCAGAAACAUGACACCUCUUUUUGGGCAGAUGAUCAUCCUAGGCUGUUAAAAUUAUGCUAUCAGAUGCCAUUUCUUGAAAUGAUUCCCUAUUUUGUAUAAUUGAGAUCUUAUUCUAUGUGCACAUCCGUGGGAUACUGAUGCUCUCUGUUUUUCUCUUUCUAAAUUUCUCACUCUCUUAAAACAAGUCAUCUGAUUCCCCUGGGUAAUCAUUCACCUCAGUGAAUUCUCAUUUCAACAUGGCUUUGUAUCUGAUUAUGGAAAUUUUCUUCCAAAAUUUAGCUUCCCUUUAUACUGGUGACCUUUCAUACAGCUGAUCAGUGUAUCUGCUUUAUUGUGACAGUGUACAUGUGCCACAGGAGUCUCGUGGCCUUGCGUGGUGUAAACGGCCGAUUUUGACCGAUUGCACCAAAGCAAAUUAACCGCAGACAUAUUUCAAGUACCCUUAACGCUCAGCUGCCCUAUGCUGUCAGAUGUUCUGUAAUUCUGUGACUGUGGUGUGAGCUGCUUUUAAAAAAAUGUGUUCAUAUCAUUGUCUACUGUCACAUGCUGCCAAGAGCUUACUUGAAUGGAGGAUGCCACCCACCCAAUCAGCUGAAAUGAAAAACUGUUGGGUGAUGUGCACAUCAAGGGUUUUUAGUGUAAAAAUAAGUCUUGCCAUGAUUCAUAGUUCAUCCAACGCUUGGCUUUGCAAACGUAACAUACUACCUAGAAAUAUAAAUGGGGUAUUUCUUUAAACCUGACUGAAAUUUAAUGGGAUCAACUGUAAGCGCUUGUCACAUGGGUGGUUAGAUGUGUUAGCCAAUCAUAAUUCUGCUAAGAUGUCCAGUUAGGGAUUUUGAUUGGGCAGUUGUAGCCUUGAGCACGGGAACAGCUUCUUUGUUUGCCCCAAUGUACAAGCGUUGACCUGUGCCAUAACUGCAGGCUGGUCCUAAAAGAUGUACAAAGACUUCUGAUUCUGUUUCCCACUCUCCCACAUAGCUUCACUGUUUUUUUUAAAGGAAUAGUUUACCCCAAAAUGACAGUUUCAUUAAUUUACUCACCCUCAGGCCAUCCAAGAGGUAGAUAAAUUUGUUUCUUCAUCAGAACAGAUUUGGAGAAAUUUAGCAUUACAUCACCUGCUCACCAGUGAAUCCUCUGCAGUGAAUGGGUGCCGUCAGAAAAAGAGUCCAAAAAGCUGAUAAAAGCAUCACAAUAAUCCACAAGUAAUUGAUACGACUCCAGUCAGAGAAUCAGCAUCUUGUGAAGUGAAAAGCUGUGUGUACAGUAUGUUUUAAAAACAAAAACAAAUUCAUCAUUAAUGUGUUUUGACGUUAAACGCUUGCUUCUGAACAAUAUGCGAGUCCAUAAUAAAUAAUAAUGCUUCCUUAUGGUGAAAAAGUCCAUCUCCUGUUGUCCUCCCACAGUAAAACAUAACAAACAUAUUGGUUUAGAACUGUUUUUGACUGUCUUCGCUUGUACUGUAAACUGUGCUUGAUCGGCGCACAAUUCUCUCCUGAUUCAGAUGAGAGAAGACAACGUUAUUGAUAGAGGAUUAUUGGAUUAUUACAUGAGUUAUUCUAAACAUGCAGCUUUUCACUUCUUGAAGAUGUUAAUUUAUGGACUGGAGUCAAGUAGAUUUCUUGUGGAUUAUUGUGAUGUUUUAUCAACUCAUUUGGAUGGCACCCAUUCAGAGGAUCCUUCGGUGAGCAAAUGAUGUAAUGCCAAAUUUCUGCAAAUCUUUUCAGAUGAAGAAAUAAACUCUGAGGCUGAGUACAUUUUCAGCAAAUUUUUAUUUUUUGAGUGACCUAUUCCUUUAUUGUGACUAUGUUCUGUUUGGAGUGUCAUUCUGCAGUUGCACUUGGCAGAAAUCAAGUACUGUACGUAGGUUAGAGAAACAGACCUUUUCUUAUGUUGCUUUUGUCCUAAUUUCACUCUGUGUAGACUGAAAAUUUCUUGAUUUUAUAUUGUUCCUGUAAUAUUCAUUCAUGCAUGCCUUUUUGUGUACCCUUUGCUUUUCUUUACUACUUUUUUGUUUGUUCUGUUAGCUAUCUAAGGGUAUUGGAUAAAGGUUUUUGCCUUAUAAGACAGACAAAGACUUGCUCAUUUUUCUAUUUCCCCUUGUUUCUUGAGUGUGUGAUGAAAGUGGUUUGGAUACCCUGAAGACUGUUCAUCAUUUCCGUGAAUAUCACAGUCGGGGAGCAGCUGUUGGGUCGAGCCUCCAGAUCUGCAUGCUUGCACCUCCUCGUUGCUUUGUCUGAGCCUUUGACCAAGGCUGUUAUAGAACGGGCAUCUUGUCCAGGCACGCAGGCCCCUUUCUUGUAUUUGCUUUCUCCUCUGUUUGUCAAUGCCAUCGCUGCUACUGUCAACAGGUCUGGUUAGUAGCAGAGAAUCUGUCUCUCCAGGCUGACAUGUAAAAAUUCUUAAAUAAACAACAUUAGUUUCCUGUACAUCUGUGUCGAUCUGUUCAGAGAUUUUGAGAUUGCCUCGUAAAUUUCAAUUAAUUUCCUGGAGGUAGAAAGUAGGAAAUUGUAAUUUGAAUAUAGGGAAAUGGAAAGAUGUGAAUAAUCUAAACUGCUGCAAAUGUAGGCUUUUUUUAUUAGCACAAUUAGGUCACCAGAACAAGUCAGCUCUCAAGCAAAUAACAUACAUUUUUCAUACUACAAAAGGAAAAUAUAGAGUCCUAGACUGCUGCUGGGACCAGAGAAGCCAGAGGAUUUCAAGUGUCACUCAUGUGUCUUUGAGGUAAUUAAUUUGUGUCACUUGCUUACAUGUCGGCCUCCUGUGGGGAGAUUACUGUAGUUUAAUUUCACAGAUGUAGAAGGGUCUGGGUAAGAAUGAUUAAGUGAGAGAGAAGUAAGCUGGGGUUUGCUAUAUAUACAUCUCUGCCACUGUUGAUUUUGUUGCACUGAUGAAGAUGGGACAGACAGCAACCUUACCCUGCAGAAAAGGUGGCACCUACGUCACCGAGCUUUAUGAAUGGUUCAGGAAGUUCCUGAAUGAAUGCCCCAGUGGACUGAUCACCCUCCAUGAGUUCAGACGUCACUUCUGCAAUGGAACCGUGGGAAAAGAGUCAGCGGAGUAUGCAGAGCAGAUAUUCCGCACACUAGAUAACAAUGGGGAUGGAGUUGUGGACUUCAGAGAAUAUGUGACAGCUAUCAGCAUGUUGAUUGAGGGCACGACAGUGGAGAAGCUACGCUGGUCCUUCAAACUCUAUGAUAAAGACAAAGAUGGAGCCAUCACGCACUCAGAGAUGCUUGAAAUCAUGCAGGCUGUGUACAAGAUGAGUGUUGCAGCAUCACUGACCAAACCUGAUCCACUGACUGCUGAAGAAUGCACCAAUAGGAUAUUUGUACGGCUGGACAAAGAUAACAAUGCCAUUAUCAGUCAAGAAGAGUUCAUUGAAGGUGCGCUGAAUGAUGAAUGGAUCAGAGAGAUGUUGGAAUGUGAUCCAAACACAGUGAAGAUGGAGAGGCCUCUCAAAGGCCAUGCAGUACUAUAAAGCUGUGUCUAUUUACAUUUAGCAUAAAGGAGGUCAUGGCUUUUACAGCAUUGAUUGUGAUGGGGCUGUUAUGAAUGCCUUAAAGAUGAGAAGUUCAUGCAUUAGUCAGUAUAAUUAUUUUCAAUUUAAGGAAAAUAAUUUGUAUGUAAAUGAACUCCAAAUGAAAAAUAAAAUGAAAAAAAAAAAAAAAAAUUGUUCACCCUCAGGCCUUCAAGGAUGUAGAGAAAUUUAGCUUUACGUCACCUGCUCACCAAUGGAUCCUCUGCAGUGAAUGGGUGCCGUCAGAAAGAGAGCUGAUCAAAACAUCACAAUAAUCCACAAGUAUUCCACACGACUC